GCGCGCAAAGCGUACGAACGCGAUUCCGCGUCAGAUUGUAAAUAACGCUCGCGGCCAUUGGAAGUGCGCGCGCGCGUCAACCGAUCAUCCGCCGUCGUACCUCCCGCUGUGGUAGUUUUUUACCCUUUUUUUUUUCUAUUUCCUUUCCCUAACCCUCUCUACACCGUUAGCAUAAAUAUUUCUUCCAUUCGUUCGCACCGUUUGUUCCGAACAAUAAUCACAAAAAUAAAAACAAUAUCGUCACCGCGACCGACCACUGUUCUGUCACACCCGUCCCGAUCGUGAAAUCGUUUUGUUAAUCUUUUUCGUAUUCCGCUGGUGACCGGCUCCACAACGACACCUCGGACACGCUUUAGACAACAACAACAACCACGACGAGAUAAAUAUUAUGCGCCCAGUCGUCGGCGCAACCGCAUACGAAACCACCGCCACCGUCGUACAACCCGUCGGCUUCUCGGCCGCAGGCACGCGGCCAUGGACGGUACGACUUUCGUUCGGACGAUAGAAUACUUGUAAAAUUUUUCCUUCUCGCUCGUGUUUCACGUUACUGUGGUCCGGGGGAUUUUUUUCCUCUCCGUCCUGCAAAACGUACCGUUUGUUUACCACAUCAACGUGUCGUGCACCGGUUGAUGAACCGCGUCUCGAUCGCCACUGCCACCGCCGCCGGCACCGUCUUGUGCGCGAAAACCGACGGGAUGGAUACGUGCGUGGCGGACCCCAAAGUACCGCCGUGGAAACUGGAGCUGAUCAACAGACGGCGGAGCAGGAACAAUCAAUCAAAGUGCGCCGGCAACAUCGGUGGCGGUUGUGGUGGUGGUGGCUGCGGUAACGAACAACAACAGGUAAAACCAGUUCAAUGGACCUGGUCGCAGCAGUCACCGUCGUCGUCGCCGCCGUCCUCUUCCCCCUCCGCGCAGCACUUUCUCCAGCAGCCAAACGAGGUUCAGACAUCACCGCCGCCGUCGCAGCAGCAGCAGCCACCGCCGCCGCCGAAGCCGCUGCCGUCUCAGCAGCCCACAGUUGUAGUCGGCACCGUGUCUUCCAGCAUGAGGCUCUUCAAGUGCGAGGCCACCAUUAUGACCAAUUUUAAGAAAAACCCCCAGAUCAACCGCUGUCGAUCAAAAUUCAAAACCAAACCUCAAAUCAUCACAGAGAUUACCAACGGCUUAGAUUACCAUUCGGACUCCAGUGAGGAGUUCAAGUAUGGGCCGGGUAUCGUCAAUAAGCUCAAGUCCAAGUACAUGAGCAUGACAGUGCGCGAACAAAAGCCCAGGCCCUCGUUGCGCCGUUCCACUAGUAUGGACAACAUUGUCGAUGACAAGCAUAUAGUGGACAAGCCACAGCAUUAUUCACAGCCGGAUGUUAUAAGCAUGGCGACUAAUAUUAAGAGUGAUACGAUGAAGCGGGCUCGUUCCAUGGAGACAUUGUCUGAAAUGCAAAUGAUUAACAGUUACAAUGAUGAAAUGCAACCUAAAACCACAAACGGUGAGUUGCCACCACCUGAUGUUGUCAAGACGUACAAGAAAAUAUUUGAAACAAAAACCCAGAAUGAAACAAUAAAAACCAUCAAAACUAAGCCUGCCAUACUACCUAAGCCCAUGUUAAGUCCUGAGAAAAUGCGCCCAGUUAGAAUGAACAAAGUACCACUGAAGAAAAUGUCACCACCAAUUAAAUACCCUAACAGAUUAAAAAAGAAAGAACCAUUGGGUUUUGAUCGUUCUAAAUCAUUGAUCAAUGAUGAAGUUAGUUCUAGCCAAGAUGAAUCAUCUAUGUCAUCUGACGAUGGUGGAUCAGCUAGACAUAGGGUUGCUAUUAAAACUGCCAUUACUGCUACAACUAUUGAUAACAAACCAAUAUCAAUACCAACCAAACAGAUAUGUGUUAUUAGACCAACUACCAGAACUACUUUACAGCCUGAAGAAAGUACUAAUGCUCAAUUGUCUGAUAAAGAAAUAGAGGACCAUUUUAUAAAUAAUAAUAACAAUAAUAACUCCAAUAAUACCAAUGAAGAAAAAAAAGUAGGUGGCUUAUGGGAUAAAAAGCGUUGGGAUUAUCAUGAAAACAGUGUAGUUUUUAAUUUUGUCAACCGAAAAGGAAUUCCCAACUACAUUGAUAGUGAAGGCCCAUUACAAAGAAGAGAAAAUUCCUAUGGGAUUAAUGAUGGUUGUAUCAUGCUUGAUGCACAUUGUGAAGAAUCCAGUACUGACGAUAUUGAUAAUGUAAAUAAUGAAAAUUAUGUUAUUUUUGUUGGUGAUAAUAUUAUCAUUGGUCGAUCAAAUCUUCGUAAAGAAAAUACAUCAGCCCUGAGAAAAGACCUUCAUAUUAAAUUCUCCGAUGUAUUAGAAACAACACACGAAUAUCCAUCUGAAGCGUCGCUGCUGAUUGAAGAUGAAUCAACAAGACACGACGAUCCUGUCGAAAGUACGACGCCAAAAAGUAAAUUUGGCAAUUACAUUCCAAGUAAAUUAGGUACAAACGAAGAAGCGUUUCUUGGUGAGUACGGAGUUAGUAGAAGUAAUGUAAAAACUGUAAAACUCUCAGUCGAAAAAAACCACGAAGACAGAGAUAAGUCAGUGAUAGACACAAACGUGCCUUGGAGUGAAGAAACUACACCCGAUCUCUUGUUUUGAGUUCCUAAUUUUUAUAUUUUCUUAUGUACGAGCUCAUUAUGGUGUUUUUUUGAACAGUAAACUUCAUGGAAAAUUUGA